AUGCCCUUUCAUGUGUCGCGCUUUUCAGACUCGCAGUCAGACCAGGACUCGCGUCUUCCUUUUGAGAACGCGGCUCACACUUCGGGUCUCAGUUUGAAUCGAGAUUUGGAAUCUUCAGCGCCAUUGGUUCCUUUAAAGGUCUCUAUGGGUACUUGGAAUCCUCUCAUGCGAAAACGGCGUCCUCAUGGUGCUUCGUCUCUCAAUCAAAUGUCUUUACCACAAUCUCCGGACUCGCCACCUCUCAGCCCCUCCCAAUCUCUCCUUAGUUCCGCAAAUCAUAAUUCGCAUCCCCAUAACACCUCAAACCGUGCUCCUCUGAAAUUCCGACGAUUAUCCCGACACCGUUUGUCGUUUUCUGAUGAAAAGCGCGUUUCUCUUUCACCAUCCCCGUCACCAUUACUAAGACCUAAAUCGCCUGCUUCUCGAUUUUCUGCACGUGCCCAGUCAACUGAUCAACAUAUUAACACAGCCGCCUCCACAGUGGCUACUAUCGCCUCUACCUCAUUAAUAUCUGAACCAACCCCAUUUACAUCUAAAACGCAGUCUAAGCAAUAUUCUGAAUUGCGCCUUUACGAUAAUGGCGAUCUAGAUGUUGACGUUGAUGAAUAUAGUAUAGUUGACUCUGAUGUUUGUGCCUAUGACUCUGACGAUUUAAUGAGCGUUACUAGCCGACGACCCAGCUUAUUGGCCUUUCCUUUUGGAACCAGCAAGGAAACUGUUGCUUCUAACCCAAAUCAGUCUCAACAACAACAUUCGCCUUUUUUAUUAAGUCAGGCUUCUUUGCACUUUAGGUCUUUAUCACCAUCACCAUUUCAGCCUUCUGAUUCGCAUUCUACUUUAUCUUCUUCACUGGGCUCUUUUGGUGCUUUGGUCACAUCAUUUGGGACAAAGUUCAGUCGCUCAACAAAUUGUUUGUCAAACUCAUCAAUUAUGCCCCCAAAUGCCGAUAAAAUUUCUCCAUACUCUUCAUCUAACUCAGUCAUUAAGCAAACUUCCCAUUUGAAUCAUGACGUUAAUAUCUCAUCAUUAAGACAUGUUGGUCACGUGCAUAAUCAUAUGACCCCUGACCACGAAAGUAUUUCUGGAACUGUCAGUGGCUCAGAUAAAAGUGCCAAUAACACGGUAAUUAUCAGUGAUUCACUUGAAAAUACUUUGGGUAAUUUGAAAAAUGAUUUGGAUUUCGAUACUCAGCGUGUAUCUAUAAAGCGGGUGGUGGCAAACCGUAAUGCACUUAAACCAAAGGCUAAAAGUUUUUUACGAGUAUCUCGCGAUCUCCAAAAUGAGCUUUAUCCGGCUGAUUAUGAAAUGCGAAAUGAAGCACGUAUAACUCAUGCUUUAGCUCUUCGCGAAGAUUCUAUUGACGAGCCCGUGUGUUUCGGCCACCGAGGUUUAUUUUUAUCCUUAGAUGAUGAUAGUUUGUCUCAGGUUCCUGGAUCACGCACAGUCUCACGGUCAGGCUCCAUAGUAUCAUGUGCUACCAGUCUUACUCCAACAAAUACAAAUGGCUCAACAUUGACUUCGACUCAGAAUUACGAUUUGCCUUCUCCUCAACCUAAGCACUUAGAUUAUAGAAUACAAUCUGAAAGUUCUGACAUUGAAAAAAGUCCAGAUCCCAACUCUUUGCAUUUUCGAAAUAAGCACAAUCAACAAUCCCACCACCCCGAAAAGUUUUGGUCGGUUCUUCCAUUUUCCAAGAAUAUAAAACAACAAAAACAAUCUUCCAUUUUGCAUUUUCCAUCCUCUUCGUCAAAUUCUUUUGAUACCAAUGACAAUAACAAAAAUAUGCCAGCAACUCCAAGCCCAAGCUCAAUGGCUACCAGCACCCACCUAGUUUCUCUUUGUUCUCCUGAGCUUAGUGAUCCUGAAGAUUCCUAUGAAGCUGAUCCUGAUACCCAUACUUCUCUUAACAAUGAUGCCAGAGGUUUGUCUAAAGUAUAUAAAACUUUGUUUAAGUUUUCUUCAUCUAGUCACAUGUCUUUAAAAUCUCAAGCACCUACUCCGCCAAAAAAAUCAAAACGCAAAGCUCCUCUUUUUGAUGAAACUACUGUGUCACCUUUUGAUCAUUUGUAUGUUAAACGACGAGCGGUAUCUCCGGGGACACCAUAA